ACCGCGGGCUCUGCUGCAGGUGCUCGGCAUCGGGGGGAGCCGCAGCCGUGGCCCCCUGCAGGAUUUCGGGCAUUUUGGCUCCAAAGAGGAAUUAAUUACCCACCGGAUCCACCCAUCCCAAACGCAGCUUGGGUGGCUUCUCCCCGGCGUCAGGGGCAGGCGCCAUCCUGUGUUGGAGCUGGCGGUGCAGGGUUGAGGGUUGAUGAUCUCGGAUGUCUUUUCCAUCCCUAAUGGUUCUGUGAAUUCCGCCCUCCCAUCUCCUCCGCAGGUCUUUGCUCUUCUCCCUCCCUGUGGAGAUGGUGGUCCUGCAGGCUGGGCUCUGCCCUGGUCUCACUGAAGAGAUGCUGCAGCUUCUCAGGGCUAAUGGCAUCAGGACAGUGGUGGACUUUGUGUCUUCAGACCUGGAGGAUGUUGCCCAAAAGUGUUCCCUGUCUUACAAGGCGCUGGUUGCAGUCAGACGUGUGCUCCUGGCCCAGUUCUCUGCCUUCCCUGCCAACGGAGCAGACCUCUACGAGGAGCUCAAGAGCUCCACUGCCAUCCUGCCCACUGGCAGUCCAAGCCUGGACCAGCUGCUGGACUCAGGGCUGUACACGGGGGAGCUGACGGAGCUCAUGGGAGCACCGGGCAGUGGGAAGACGCAGGUGUGUCUGGGCAUCGCAGCCAGUGUGUCCCUGGGCCUCAAGCAGCACGUCCUGUUUCUCGACUCCACGGGCGGUUUCACUGCCUCCCGUCUCUACCAGAUACUCCAAGCCCAGACAGAGGAUGAGGAAGAGCAGCUGGAGGCUCUGCAGCGGGUGCAGGUGGUCCGUGUGUUCAACAUCUAUGAGCUGCUGGGUGCCUUGCAGGAGCUGCGGGAUCGCCUCUCCCAGCAGGCUGUGAGCUCCGUGGGACCUCUCAAGGUGGUGUUGCUGGACUCGGUGUCAGCUGUGAUUUACCCUCUGCUGGGUGGCAGGCAGUCAGAGGGUUUGGCCCUGAUGAUGCAGCUCUCCAGGGAGCUGAAGACCCUGGCCAGGGAGUUCAGCCUUGCUGUUGUGGUGACCAACCAGGUGACAAGGGACAGCAGCACUGGCCAGCUGAAGCCAGCCCUCGGCCGCUCCUGGAGUUUUGUGCCCAGCACCCGGGUGCUGCUGGAGAGCAAAGAAGCCAGCUGGGAGAGAGCCUCCACACAACGUGCUGCUUCCCUGGCAAAGUCACCCCGGCAGCCAGCAGGGAUCCAGGUGGAGCUGGACAUUGGAAAUGGUGUCGUGUUGGAACCGAGCCUGGUGACACCCACACAGGGACUCUGAUGGGAUGGAAAAGCAAAUGUCACAAGGUUCAAGGGAGCUGCACAAAAGCAGGCAAGCACUGAAGGUUUUACAAACUGACUGAGAGUCCUGCAGCCUUGGGAAGGACUGACACGAAAAAUCUCUUGUUCUUCUGCCCUGAGGGAAAACUGAGCGUGGGGUUCCCUGGAGACCUCUGUGCCAACAGAUACUGUCUGCAGUGGCUGGGCUGUGAGGACAGCCAGGUCCUGCCCUCUGCUGCAGGCUUGUCUUCAUCCCCCAGAGCCAGCCCUGUCCUCAGGUGUUAUGUGGGAUCAGCUGCCUUGUCCCUGCAUGGCCCCACAACUCCCCGUGCUGGUUUUGUUCCCUCCGUGGCUCGCUGCCCUCUGGUCCUGGAGCUCUGGUCAUCCUCGGGCCCACAGUGGGCUUGGUUCAGAAAUAAAAGAAAAAGAAAGCUGUUGCACAUUGCAGUGGUUGUUGAGAGCUGCAAUUCAAUUAAUGACAGCUGCUCUGAACUUAAUUAAAAUGUUGAGCAGCACUGGGGUGAGACAGGCUGCUGAUGAGCAGGGAAAUAAUGACAUGCUUGAUCUUCCCUCCUCCCCAAAAUAAUACCAGGCCCUGUGGGGACCUGCUGGUGUUUUUGGGGCACAGCUGGACUGUGUAAAGGCUUGCUGAUAACUGAUGGAGGUUCUGAUCUGGAUCAGCUGAGCAGAUGGGUCCUGGCUGGCACCAACUGGCCCUGCUUGAUGCUCAAGGACCUAUUCAAUUGCAUGUGGUGAUGUUUAAAAUAAUCAUCCUGUGCUCCAGUGCCUUGCAGCUGCUCCUGCCUGCUCUUGGCAACCUCCCGAGGAGAGGGCAGGCUUGGAUGUGGAGUUUCCUCUUGAUCCCAGAUGUCUCAGAUACCCUCAGUUUAAGAGACCUUCUUGGCAGGUGAGCUGAGCCACGGCUUGCACUUCAAGGCAGCUGACAGAGAAUUUGGGGGCUGGGACUAAUUAGGGCAUGAUCAUUAAGCUAAUAACACAGCACCGCAGCUC